GAGCAACCGGCUUUGACUGUAGGAGGAGCUGUGCGCGCGGCGUUUCCACUGUCUAGCGUGACAAGAUGGCGGCGGCGUGUUUGGUGCUUCGGAGGUCGCUGCAGGGAGGGCUAUUGCUUGGACCCCGGGUGGCCUGGCCUGUUGCACCUCAGGCUAAUAUGUCGUUUGCCGCCAUGUCCCGUGGCAGGAAGGUGGCUCUGUCCACAUUAGGAGUCCUUAUUGCUGGUGGUUCUGGCUUAGCACUUGCACUCCACAGAUCUGUGAAAGCCAGCGAGCUAGAGCUGCACGCGCCAAGCUACCCCUGGAGUCACAGUGGCUUCCUGUCCUCAUUGGAUCAUGCCAGCCUACGGCGAGGGUACCAGGUAUACAAGCAAGUGUGCGCUGCCUGCCAUAGCAUGGAGUACUUAGCUUUCAGAAACCUGAUUGGUGUCACCCACACAGAAGCGGAGGCCAAGGCUCUGGCUGAAGAAUUUGAAAUUCUUGAUGGUCCAGAUGAGAAUGGAGAAAUGUUCACCCGUCCUGGGAAGCUGUCUGAUUAUUUCCCCAAGCCGUAUCCCAACAGCGAGGCUGGGAGAGCAGCAAAUAAUGGCGCAUUGCCUCCUGACCUUAGCUACAUUGCCAAUGCCAGGCAUGGUGGGGAGGAUUAUGUCUUUUCAUUGCUCACAGGGUACUGCGACCCCCCUCCUGGCGUCACCUUGAGGGAAGGACUGUACUAUAACCCAUACUUCCCUGGGCAAGCUAUUGGAAUGGCACCCCCCAUUUACAACGAGAUCCUUGAGUAUGAUGAUGGCACUCCAGCCACCAUGUCUCAGGUUGCUAAGGAUGUUUGCACGUUCCUGAGAUGGGCUUCUGAGCCAGAACACGAUCAUCGCAAGCUUAUGGGUCUCAAGGUAAUCAUGAUUGCUUCUCUUCUAAUCCCGCUGGUGUACUACAUGAAGAGGCACAGAUGGAGUGUUCUAAAGAGCAGAAAGAUUGCCUACAGACCACCAAAGUAACGAAUGUACUGAACACCUCCACACUCGCAGACCUCUUUACUUUGUGCAUUACUGGCCUCAUCUGAGAGAAAGUGAUGGAUAUUGAUCAGUCCUUUUCCUUCCUCCCUGGGACAAGAAGCUGCAGAGACAGACAGAACACUUACUGUAUCAUUCGCACACGCUCGGCAUCUGUAGAUUAUUUUCUUCCAGUUAUUUUUUUUUCUCCAUUUUGAGUCUUUUUUUUUUUUUUUUUGUGUUGUCCACAAUAAAUAACUUUGUGGAGAUGGAAAAAGGACUAGAAGGAGAAAGUAUUUGAGAAAAAUGUCUGUCCGUUAAUUCCCUACUUGGGGAGGCUAAUAAAUUAACUAUUUUAAAUUUAAA